AUGGAAGAGUGGGCGGCGCAGGCCGAGAGCUUUAAAGCAGAAGGGAACAACUUGGUAGCAGCCAAGCAGUACAAGGAUGCAGUGGAGAUGUAUACACGUGCUAUUGAGUUAGAUCCAGAGAAUGCCGUGUACUAUAGCAAUCGAUCAGCGGCGUAUUUGGCCAUGGGAGACGCACGGGGUAAAGCUUUAAAGGAUGCCGAGAAAUGUAUUGAGCUAAAGCCUGAUUGGUGGAAAGGAUAUAGUCGAAAAGGUGCAGCAGAACAUGCGCUACAUCGAUUUGAUGCCGCUCGAGUGACGUAUAAGCAGGGAUUGUGUCUGGAUCCGGAUAAUUUGUCGCUCUUACAGGCAUCGGAAGAGGCGUAUACGGCUGGUCUGGAGUAUAGCAAGAGGUUGAGAGAGGAACAGAGAUUGAGACAAGAGAUGGAGAAGAGACAAGCAGAGGAACAGGAGCAAAAGUUGCAGAAGAAAGAACAAGAAGAGAAAGAACAGGAGAAGAAGAAUGAGCCAAAAGCAGAAGAUGCACUGCUGGAUGAAUUCUUGUCCGAGGUGCAGGAGCUUGAGGAAAAUGCUAAUUGCAUCAAGAAGGACAAAGAGGAGGAGGAAGCUAAGAAAGAGAAGAAAGUAGUGGAUUUUGGCACGUCUGACGGACAGAUUGAGCGAUUGCUGCAGCCACACUUUCACUGGAUCAACUUGAAUCCAUUCAGAGUGCUCAUGUUGGAUGUAGACGCGACGGAGGAGGAUAUGAAGCAGCAUUAUCGCAAGAUUUCGACGAUGGUGCAUCCAGACAAGUGUCGCAACCCCAAGGCCCGCGAAGCUUUUGAAGAAAUAACGAAGGCAUACAACCUGAUUAUACAAGAAGACCGGCGUAAGACAUGCAUUCGCACGAUCGAAAAUGCAACACUGGCAGUCACCAAGGAACGUCGCCAAAAGAUUAAAAAAGGUAUUAAAGAAAGUGAACUUGGUGGUCUUAAGGAUGCUGUGGACAAGGCCGUACUACGCGCAUUUGCGGAGAUUGAAAAUCGCCGUUUGAAUAUCGAGAAGCGCGACGCUGCUCAGCGGCGGCGUGAGACAGAGCAGGAAGAAAAAGCACACGUAAAGGUCGUGAAUAUGUUCAAGCGAGAGCGCUCAUGGGCAGAAACGGACCGUCGAGAGCAACGCGUUGGUAAUUGGCGGUCGUUUCAGAAAGGAGGAAAGCGGAGGAAGGAGACGGAUGCUCAAGGAUGGAAAGAAGAAUCGCGGGACGAAAAAAAAUUUGGCGAGAUAGAUAAUGAAGCUUACAAGCGAGAAUGGAAAUAA